UUAUAUGGAAUCUAGCUGUAAUUCUGUCACUCCUGUGUAUGUAUGUAUUUUAGUUCUGGCCUGACAGCAAUGCCUUCUUUUCACCACAGCUUCUGCAACAGUCUGAUUUAGCAACCAAAAUAAUCUUGUAUAUGCACGUCCCAGGGAAACUCAUUCCAAUAUUUAAGGCUUGUACUGUAUAUCCAGGGGCGUUUGAACUGUGCCUGUUGACUUUUUUUUUUUUAAUAACCUCUAGGCUUUGGAAAGAGCUCUCACUCUGCACCUUUUCACCUUACCGUGAAUGUCUGCACUGUGUGAUGUGUUAGCCAGUCUUUAAACAUGGGUAGAUGUUGUCGUUUUGGCCUUGCAGUCACAUAUCGGCAUCACGCGUAUUAAAUGCUUAAAAGUGCUUUAAUGCUGUGUUUUGUGUAGACAAUAAAAUUAAUAUAGUAUGCACAACAUUAGUUACCAUGGCAACAGCCUGCCAUCUGAAGCAGAGAUGGAUGGAGAAGAGAGCUGCUAUGAUAUUUACCAGACGAACUCGAGCGCCACAGAGUGAUCUAUCUCGUCAAACAUAGACAAUCUUUGCACCAUGUCCCUGUCUCUUUCGGUAUCUGUAAAAGAAAUGAAACGUACACCUUUUUACUGACAUCACAUCAUACUACCAGCCUGCCAGCCGGCUGUCCAAUCAGCGGCCGAUGGGCCUCCCAGUCCCGGCGCAGUCCUGCAAUCAGCGGAUAGCGUGAGCUCUGCUCACCGACACGUCACUCUUGAUUGGAGGGUUGUGCGGUAGAGAAGGCGGGAUGUGAAAGCAGCCAAUCCGCGCUAGCCCGUGUUUCUUAUUAUCAUAAAAUAUUGAGCAGCAUCGGUCCGACUCUCUGUGGAUUAUCAUGAGUUAUUAAGGUAACAUUUUGUUUGGAGUUGACUCACUUGUUUUUGGAUCACAUGAGAAACAAUAUCGAAAGAAGAACAAUUAUUAUUUUGUAACUUUUUUUUGUCAGCCUGAAAACUGUUUCUCACUGGUGCGUUCCCCAUCACUUUCUGUUCUUCUGUUAUCCAAAAAGAUGUGGACUUUCCUGGGAAUAGCGAGUUUCACGUACCUUUAUAAAAAGUCCGGCACAAUGUUGACUUUUGUUCCCAAGGAGCUUGUAAUGGCCGCGGUCUUAUUUAUUACAGUCGGACUGUUGCUCUCGUACAUGAGAUACUUUCAUGACCAGAAGCUCAGAGUCUCUCAGGUGUUUUAUUUGCCUCUGAGCCUUUUGUCUUUUUUACCUGUCAUCAACCACUUCAUCCCCCAAACCCCAACACAGAGCAAUGGGAGGGCAGAGGACAACAGUAAAAAGAGCCGGAGAACAAGGCAAAGAGUGGAUAUGAAGUCCUCUGCCUCACAGAGUGCCUCAGCCAGUGGCCCCUCGGAGGCCCCAGAGCCAGAUGUGGUGAUCGUUGGGGCUGGGGUCCUGGGCUCAGCUAUGGCAGCCGUCCUAGCCCGGGACGGGAGGAGGGUGACGGUUGUGGAGAGGGACCUGAAGGAGCCUGACAGGAUAGUGGGGGAGCUGCUGCAGCCUGGAGGAUACAGAGCACUCAAAGAGCUGGGACUGGAAGGUUCAGUGGAGGGUCUGGAUGCCCAUCUGGUGCACGGCUAUGUGAUCCAUGACAUUGAGAGCAGCACAGAGGUGGAGAUCCCUUACCCUCAGGUGGAGGAGAGCAUCCAGUGUGGGCGCGCUUUCCAUCACGGUCGAUUCAUCAUGGGCCUGAGGAGAGCUGCGAGGGCCGAGCCAAAUGUCACAUUUAUAGAAGGCACGGUGACCAGUUUGCAGGAAGAGGACGGCUGUGUGACCGGAGUGCAGUACAAAGAUAAAGAAACCGGAGACAUCAAGGAAAUCCAUGCAUCGCUGACUGUUGUGGCUGAUGGCUGUUUCUCCAAAUUCAGAAAGAGUCUGGUGUCUGGGAAAGCUCACAUCUCCUCUCACUUUGUUGGAUGCCUUAUGAAGGACUGUCCUCAGUUUAAAGGCAACCAUGCUGAGCUGGUGCUGGCCAACCCCAACCCGAUUCUGAUCUACCAGAUCUCCUCCACACACACCAGAGUACUUGUGGACAUCAGGGGGGAGAUGCCUCGUAACCUCUCAGAGUACAUGGUUGAGAAGAUACACCCACAACUGCCAGAGCAUUUAAAGGAGCCUUUCAUGGUGGCACUGCAGAACGAUCGACUCAGGUCCAUGCCUGCCAGCUUCCUCCCUCCCUCCCCUGUCAAUAAGCCAGGCGUGCUUCUCCUGGGCGAUGCUUACAACAUGAGGCAUCCUUUGACGGGAGGGGGGAUGAGUGUUGCCCUCAACGAUGUUAGCAUCUGGAGGAGUCUGCUGAAGAACAUCCCGGAUCUGUAUGACAACAGGGCCAUGCUGCAGGCAAAGAAAAAAUUCCACUGGGAACGCAAGUCAUCACAUUCUUUCGUGGUGAAUGUGUUGGCCCAGGCCCUGUAUGAGCUGUUUGCAGCCACUGACAAUUCUCUUCAUGAACUGAGAAAAGCUUGCUUCCAGUACUUCAGGCUUGGUGGAGAGUGCAUUGCUGGGCCUAUUGGACUCCUCUCAGUGUUGCAUCCUAAACCCCUGACACUCAUUGGACACUUCUUUGCUGUGGCGCUGUAUGCAGUCUACUUCAACUUCAAGUCGGAGUCGUGGUACACCAAACCUCGAGCUUUAUUCAAGAGUGGAGUCAUCCUGUACCGAGCCUGCACAGUCAUGUUUCCACUCAUCUACUCAGAACUCAAGUACCUUGUGUACUGAGGAGCACUGAUGUGGACACAGAAAGACCAAACUCAGUGUAAGGUCUUGAAAGACCUGUGGCUUAAUUGGAAACAAAACAAAAAGCUGGUAUUUGUCAGCUGUUUCUAUGCUUGCCUUCCUGCUGAAAAAUGCACUGUUGCCAUCUUAAAUCAUGAUGUUAUUACUGAACAUUUUCUACAAUAUGCCCUUGCCUUACUGAGGUUGUCAUUGUCCUAAUGUCUUACUUAAUGCUCUCUUUUAAUUGGGACAUAUUGCACAAUAAUGCCUUGGUGUAGCCUUGUGCUCACGCACACACUCUGGCCUAUAUGCUAGAAGUUUGCAACAUGAAAUGUAUCAACACAUGCCCUGAUUUACACUAAAUUACUGUGGAAUUAUUCCUGCCAAACAGACCAGCUAUGUGAAACAUGGCAUCUGAAGCUUAGAAUAAUGAUUUUGCAGUAGGGUCACUUUUGUGCUGUAUAUUUUCCUGUUGUGCUACUUUGGGCUGUAUUUAAUAUGGGAUUUAAUUUAAAUCCAAAGUUUUGAUGGAAGACUUUUAUUAGCAAACUGUCUGAAUGAUCUUGUGUUUUAUUUCAUACAGAAUAGAGUAUUUUUCAUCUUGUUGAGGAAAAAGGUCUUCAGUAUUUGUUCAACGUUCACACAUUCUUUCUUGCAAUGAUCAUUUCCUGCCUUCCUGAUAUUUUGGUCUUGUUUUUACAUAUAAUGAUAAGGGACUUUUUGUAACAGCCUGUCUGAAACAGGGCUGACAGCAUAAUCCCAGCACUACUUUAGUCUUGCUGGAUGUCAAUAAAGAGCCGGAGCAUGAUAUUGCUCGGGGGAAGUUUGGGUUUGGCUUAUCACGAUGGUAUGGAGACCAAGUUAGUGGAUGAUGCUCAGGUGUGGUUUGUCCUGAGCUGACACAAGGACCUCCUGAUUUUCUUGUUAUUACAGCAGAGAUCUUUGGAUUUUGAAAUCUGCAUAAUUUUGACAGUUAUUUGUAAUGGUUAAAUAUCUGACAACAGUCAGAAUGUAGAGUUCGCACUGAAUGGACCCCUGGGACAGUUAAUGAUAAUACCAGUGAGUAACUGUUAACACUGCUCGACUGACCACCAACUCAAAUGGCCAUUAGAUGGAGCUCACUCACAGCAGAUGGACAAAUGGAGGCAGUUUAACAUCCAGUGUAUCACAUUGUAUUUUUAUGUGCGUAUCUGAAUAAACUGGAUGAAGCUACCCUGCUGUGCUUUAGCAGUGAAAGCCAGAAGAAAUAUAAUGGAACAUGAUAAACUGUUGAGACUGCAUUGGGCUUUAGCUGCAGCUUUGGGAUGGUUUUAAUAAAGCACCAUAGGAAUACUGGUGAUGGAUAGCUUUUAACUUUUUCAGCUGUAAUAAAUAUAGCUGUUGGCCAAUGGCCA